AUGAAAGUCGUCAAGGCUAUCAGUGAGCCCAAGCUGGGGCUUGGGCGUCGGAAGCGGAAGAGUGCUAAGCGCCAGGAGCUGCCUGUGCCAGAGGGUGUCCCGGGGUGCUAUGGCGACUUCUGCCGAGCGGAAUUCCGCUUCCCGAACAGCUUGAAGGACAUCCAGCUACUCGACGACGCCUGGACAAGGCAAGGAAGAGAGCUCUGCAGCAAGAAGGUAUCCCUCUUCUCGGAUGUGACCUUGGGCCCUGUACUCGAGCCCGAGGAGCUGGUGGCUUGUUUGGAGCACGAGCGGGAGCCGGGGGAGAGACAGCCGAAAGGCCAAGAGCCAGUGCCAAAGGCCCGCCGGCCGGUGGCAGAUCCGCUUCCCGGCCGUGUCUGCUUCUCUGUGAUCAUGGAAGCUCGCAGUCAUCCCACCCUUUGCGGAUGGCUGGAAGCCCUCAGCUGGCGACUGGACCCCAAAGACGCCGUGACUGUGACCAAUGCAGCGGCCAAGCUGCAGACGGAUGAGCAACAAGGGGGUGGAUACGUCUCCAAGCGCAUGGACUGCUCUUUGGCGGGUUUCAGGUACAGGCUCAAAGAGGUGCCAGUGUGCCGAACAUGCGCGUCAGUUUACAGAAUCGUCCAUGACGUCAUCAGCAUGAUCCGAGUGCAAAGGAAGGACCUUUGGGCAGCGCGGGAGCUGCGGCGGAAACGCCAGGAGGAGGAGGAAGAGAGGGAGCGUAUCAAGCAGGCAGAGAUCGAACGCAUGCUGGCCUAUCAGAGGCAGAGGGCCUCACGGUCGAGCCCCCGCCCGAAGGCUGCGUCCGUUAUGCUGAGACAGAGCCUCUUUCUGGAACCAGACGUGCAGGAGUUCCUCCGACUGAUUCCCGACGAUCCCAGUGCUGGGACGCCGCUCGGAUGCAACAAGAACCUCGCCCCGUCGCCGCCGUCGUCGUCGAAAUGGCAAUCAUAG